CGCUAAUAUGGUACAGUUUACUUAGCGGGUUACUCAGUUGUAACAAAGAAUCCUUAUCAGAAGAUUCUUGCUUAUCAAUGAAGAAAAGUGAUUUCAUCCAUCCAACCGAUAUCAUCUAUAAUCAAAAUUACUUCUUUAAAAAUCUUCCAAAUUAUCCGAUUCAUUCUGAGCAUUUCAACAAAUCAAAUCAAUUGAAUACUUUCAAUGUUUAUAAAGAAGCUCGUAGUUUAUUAAAUGAAUGGAUGAUUAAAAAUACUUUUGAUAUUGAAGAUUUAAAUAGUGGGACUGAUGAUUUUAAGCCAAUUACUCCUAAUCGAAAAGAAAUUAAAAAAGAAUGGGAUCAUCUAUUUAAAAAUAACAAUCGAAAGAAUAAUUUUUCAGAUGACUAUGAAGUUGAUAAUCACUUAAAAGACAAUCGCUAUGGAGAACAUGAUUCUAAUGACUCAGAUUUACGUUACAUUGGUUAUUCAUGUCAGCGUCAGUCUACAUUGGAAAAAAUUCUCCUACGUCAAGAAGAAGCUAAAGCACGACGUGAACUAAGACAAAAAGAAUUGGAAUCUCGUCGUAUUCUUGAAGCUACUGAUCGUCAAAUAAAAGCACAAAUUUUGUACAAAGCUAAACAAGACGAAAAAUUGAGGCAAGCAGAAGAGAGACGAGAUGAAGAAUUAAUUCGCCAGGAGAUGGUUCGAAUUCGCAAAGAAAUAGAACUGGAAAAACAAGCCGCGAAAAACUACAGGAAUUCUCAGAUUGGAAACAAAUUUGUUGCUGAUUCGAUCUAUCCUGUUCCUCAGUUAGAUCUUACAUGUCUUUCUGUUAAUUCAGUUGAUGAAAAUGAAUCAUUUACAACUACUGGAAUUGUACAAUUUCAUCAGAAUACAAGUGAGAAAGAUUUGAUGAAAUGUAUAUUCAAUGCAUGGUAUCAUUUAAUUUAUAAUAUAAAAAUUCAAUCUACAAUGUUCGAAGCAAAAGUUGAAUUUCAUUUGAAAAAAACUUGUUUUAAUUAUUGGAAAUUACGAAUUCAUCAAAUUCGUUUUAAUCGUGACAUUGAGAAAGCUAAAUUAGAUUCUAUAGAAUUAAUGAAGAAAGAAUAUAGAGCUAAACAAUUUCAUGAAAACUUUUUAUUGAAACAAUGUUUUACACGUUGGAACUAUACAAUACGAAUGGAGAAAUCAACUCGUGAUCAGUUGGAAAAAGAAUCAUUCAGACGUGAAAAAGAAAUAGAAUUUCUCAAUCAGUUAGAUACUUUAAUGAACAACCAUCACACAGAAACAUCAACACCUGAUGAUAAUAAUAAUAAUCAAAAUCAUGAAAUGAUACCGUCUGAUAAUCGUAAAUGUUUAACGGAUAGAAAAUCACAAAAACCAAAGAUCAAUCGUAUGCUAUCCGCUCAAUCAAGUGUAAUGAAACCAAUUUUAAAUCAAACUAUUAUACAACAACGUAAUAUUAUUGCUGCACAAAAUCGUGAAAUUAAUGCAUUAAAAGCAGCACAUCGUUAUUCUGAAUGGUUAUUAGAAGCACGAGCACAUAAAUUAGCUAAGAAUAUACUGGAAAAAACAAAUACAAAAACUACUGAAGCUGAUAAAUCUUCCUCAGAAUUAAAUGAACCAUUAAUUCACGUUGAAAAUGGUACAGAUGAUCAAGUUCAUUCCCAAAUAAUCUCAAAUGAAAUUAAAAGUCUCAUUCAAGAUAAUCAUUUAGUGACCAAUGAUUUAUCAGGAUCAAUCCCUACCAAAAAUAUACCGACUAUUAAAAAAUGUUCAUUUAUUCAAAAAAUGGAAGAAAGAGCAGCUGAACGAGCUCGUCGACGUGCAAUACAAGAAGAAAGAAGACGUGAAAAUGAACAAAAGAAAAAAGAACAGUUAGCUAAACAAUUAGAAGAAGAAGCUAACAGAAUCAAACAAGAAAAGAUAAUGCUGAAGAAUGAACAAAAAGAAAAGAAGAUUCUUGAAGAAAAGUUAAGACAACAAAAAGAAUUAAAAUUAGCUUGGCAACGUGAAUUAAACUCAAAAGUUACUGUUCAUAGAAAUAUUUCAUGUUUACGGUAUUAUGGUCUUAAACCAUGGAUGAAUUAUGUAUCAAAACAACAUGAAUUAAUGCAAAUGGCUAACUGUUAUGACAAGAAAAUGAUAAUGAGAAAUGCAUUUCACACUUGGUUACUACACCUAAAAAUUAAAUAUGAACAAGAAUCUAAAUUUGUUCAAAGUCAUUACAAUUUAUUGCUAAUGAAAAGAACUAUAAAAGCACUGCAGAAGGCCUGUGAAAUACGUAAAGAGAAUGAAGCUUGUGCUAAUAAAUGGUAUCACGGACAGCUUUUACGAAGUAGUUUUUCAUUUUGGAUCCAGUACGUAACUGAUCUUUGUAUUCAAGAAUGGCAAGGAGAGGAAAUCGCGUUGAAACAUUAUAACAGGUAUUUAUUACGUGUUUAUUUUAAAAUUUGGACUACUUUUCCAACUAUACAACGUGUACAACGUGAACGUGAAUAUCGUCGUGAACAAUUACGUAAAUGUCUACUUGAUAUUAUACCUGAUUUUAAUCCACCUAAACAAGAUAUUAGUGAAAUGGAUUAAACAUGGUCAUUAUUUACAUAAAUUGUAAUUAUGUAAUAUUGUAAAGAUCUUUUUUUUUGGGGGGGGAUAAUAUAUUUGGUUUAUAAAAAAAAA